CCAUCAUAUGAACUGACGCACUCACUCAUCGAUGAUUUCAUGAGAUGACAGUGUUUAUGUCGCGGGAAGUGUUUUAAUGUUUUUGUCAAAAUUAUCGAGAAGAAGCAAUAAUUUAAUGGAUUAAUCAUUAUCGUAGACAGAUGUAUAAAUUUAAGAAUAGUGUUACAUUGCCCAAGACGUAAAUAGAAAAGUGCGCAGCUAUUCGUUUAAUUAAAUCGCUUUGUACUGAGUCAGAGUCUAAGCAGUCAAAAGUGUUUCGAAACCUUGGUUUGUUGCAUUAUAUCAUCAAAUUGGAGGUUAAGAUUGUGAACAUAUACAUAUUUACCUAUCAAUAUGCCAAUUUUAUACAGCGUAGUGGCCCGUGGGACAAUUAUAUUGGCAAAACAUGCUGCAUGUGUUGGAAAUUUUGAAGAAGUUACAGCAAAGAUCUUAGCAAAAAUACCACCGGACAAUGACAAACUCACAUACUCGCAAGGGCCUUAUCUUUUCCAUUAUAUUUGCGAAGAUCGCCUUAUUUACAUGUGUAUUACCGAUGAUGAUUUUCAAAGAUCCAGAGCAUUUUUAUACCUCAACGAAAUUAAGAGGAGGUUCUUGGCUGUUUAUGGACCAGGUGCUCAAACUGCCGUAGCAUAUGCCAUGAAUACAGAAUUUGGCCGUGUUUUGGCUAAUGAAAUGAAACAUUACAGCGAAUCCAAAGAUCUUGAUAGAUUGUCCAAAGUUCAUGGUGAACUAGAUGAACUUAAGGACAUUAUGGUAAAAAAUAUCGACAAUAUAGCGAUGCGUGGUGAACGAUUAGAACUGCUUGUGAACAAAACAGAAAAUUUGUCUGCCAAUUCCGUCACGUUCAGGAAGACAAGCAGAAAUUUAGCGCGCUCCUUAUUUUGGAAAAAUGUCAAAAUCUAUGUUGUUGUUGGUAUAAUUUUGAUCGUUGUAAUAUAUGUGAUUGUUUCUAUAACGUGCGGAGGUCCUGCCUGGCAAAAAUGUGUCGGAAACUAAUGCAUGUACGCUUGGUAAAGUGUCCAAACGUCGUGUGUGGAUUAAAGACAGGUGCAUGGAAAACUAGUAUGAGACUGAAAAAAUAAUGAAAUCCGCGCAUAUAUAUAUAUAUAUGAUAAGAAUAUUGUACUAACACCUAUACAUACACAUAAGCCAUAUUUAUCUGUAUAAUAUAUUAUCAUUGAUAUUAUCGUUAUUUUACAAGAAGUGUAAUACGGUUACAAUUUUUGCACUCUGUGGAGAAGAUAUGUAUAUUUAGUUUUACUUUUUACACCAGAACAUGCAGCACAUUAUAUCUUAUUUUAUAUUAUCUUAUUUUAAAUGGCAGAAAUAAACAUAAUCUAAAUGUGUUCAAAUAUUA